GUCUUCUCUGCAUUGUCCGACUGUCCGUCCGGCUUAUGCUGAACGUCUAUGCUUUAUAUAGCUACUUCUUAAUUUGUUCUCUAGUCACAACUUCACAAGUUCUCAUUCGUCGUUAUUUGUUAAAACUGUUAUGCAUCGUUAGUUCUACUUUGUACAAAUCUAUAGAAGUAUUUGGUUAUCAUCGAGUAGUACAAUACAUGGUUCGUAUACGCCGGCAGACGGCCGUUUCGUGUUGUGAAUUCUUGAACGAGUUAAAAUAUCCUGGGAAUCGCCGUUUUGGUCGAUUGAUACCUCCUUUCUGGUUGUCCGUCCGGUAUUCGCCAGACACGCUAUCGGCUAUGCUACCAAAAACUAAUGUCAUUCGUUCGUCGUAGUGUGUUUGCUGUGUGAACGGAACAGUCGAACAGUAGCCAAGCACCACUGUCGUUGGCAGAUUAACCAAUCAUAAAAAUACGCAAUCAUGUAUUUGUAUAAUAUGACAUUGCAACGGGGUAGCGGCAUUACGCACGCUAUCCAUGGAAAUUUUAGUGGAGGAAAAUUACAAGAAAUUUUAGUCUCUCGAGGCAAAUCUUUAGAGCUUAUGAGACCUGAUCCAAAUACUGGCAAAGUCCACACAUUGUUAACCGUAGAAGUAUUUGGAAUUAUUCGUGCUUUGAUGAGUUUUAGGCAGUCUGGUGGUACUAAAGAUUACAUAGUUGUUGGWUCUGAUUCUGGAAGAAUUGUUAUACUGGAAUAUCUACCUUCAAAAAAUGUCUUGGAUAAAGUGCAUCAAGAAACUUUUGGAAAGAGUGGAUGUAGGCGAAUUGUUCCUGGACAGUAUUUGGCCAUUGAUCCUAAAGGAAGAGCUAUAAUGAUUGGUGCGGUAGAAAAACAAAAGUUAGUGUAUAUUCCUAACAGAGAUGCUGAAGCACGGCUUACAAUUUCAUCUCCUUUGGAAGCUAAUAAAAGCAAUACACUUGUUUACCACAUGGUUGGAAUAGAUGUGGCUUUUGACAAUCCAAUUUUUGCAUGCCUUGAAAUUGACUAUGAGGAAGUGGAUGCAGAUCCAACUGGAGAAGCUGUUCAAACUACGAGACAAACUCUUACAUUUUAUGAAGUUGAUUUUGGUUUAAAUCACGUAGUUCGUAAAUAUAGCGAACCUUUAGAAGAACAUGCUAAUUCACUUAUCACUGUUCCUGGUGAUAAAGAUGGUCCAGGUGGUGUACUAAUAUGUUCCGAAAAUUAUAUUACUUACAAAAAUCAAGGAGAACAACCAGACAUACGAUGUCCCAUACCGCGUAGACCUGCUGAAGAUACUCCACAAUUAUAUAUGGCUUGUGGCCGAGGUCCAAGAUCUACCUUAAGAGUGUUAAGGCAUGGGCUUGAAGUUUCAGAAAUGGCAGUAUCUGAACUACCUGGGAGUCCAAAUGCAGUAUGGACAGUGAAAAGAAGAGCAGAUGAAAAUUUUGAUGCCUAUAUCAUUGUGUCUUUCUCAAAUGCCACUCUAGUAUUGUCUAUUGGAGAAACUGUGGAAGAAGUUUCCGAUUCAGGUUUCUUAGGAACUACACCAACACUAUCUUGUUCUCCAUUAGGCGAUGAUGCUGUUGUACAAAUAUAUCCUAAUGGUGUGCGUCACAUACGUUCUGACAAACGAAUGCAUGACUGGAAAGCCCCUGAAAAAAAGAAGAUAGUUAAGUGUGCAGCUAAUCAACGACAAGUUGUGAUUGCUCUUGGUGGUGGUGAACUUGUAUAUUUUGAAAUGGAUCCGACUGGACAUUUAAAUGAACAUAAAGAUCGUAAAGAAAUGAAUUCUGAUGUUCUUUGUAUGGCAUUAGCAAAUGCUCCUUCUGGAGAACAGAUGUCACGCUUUUUAGCUGUUGGUUUGACUGAUGAAACUGUCCGAAUAAUUUCUUUAGAUACUACAGACUGUUUAGUACAAUUAAAAAUGCAAGCRAUACCAGCCAUGCCUGAAUCAUUAUGUAUUGUAGAGAUGGGCGCUAGUGACGGUGGUUCUUCAGAUGAACCAGCAAUGAAUUCACUAUCAAUGUUGUAUUUGAACAUUGGUUUACAAAAUGGUGUAUUACUUCGCACAGUACUGGAUGGUGUUACUGGAGAAAUGGCUGAUACGCGAGCACGUUACUUAGGAGGMAAACCUGUAAAACUAUUUAAAAUUAGAACCAGGGGAAAUGAAGCAGUACUUGCAAUGUCAAGUAGAUCGUGGCUUAGUUAUUACUACCAAAAUCGUUUUCACCUAACUCCAUUAUCAUAUGAAAGUUUGGAAUAUGCAUCUGGUUUCUCUUCCGAACAGUGUCCUGAAGGUAUUGUUGCUAUUUCGGGUAAUACUUUGCGCAUUCUGGCAUUAGAAAAAUUGGGUGCUGUUUUCAACCAAGUUUCAUUCCCGGUUGAAUAUACACCCAGAAAGUUUGUUAUCCACCCCGAUUCUGCUCACUUAAUUGUGGUUGAAACUGAACACAAUGCUUACACUGAGCAAACCAAAAAACAGAGGCGAAUACAAAUGGCAGAAGAAAUGCAGGAAGCUGCUGGAGAAGAAGAACAAGAGUUAGCCAAGGAAAUGGCUGAAGCUUUUUUGAAUGAAGAUUUACCAGAAAACAUUUUUGGUGCUCCCAAAGCUGGUCCUGGAAUGUGGGCAUCAUUAGUCAGAUUGUUUAAUCCAGUUCAAGGCAUAACCGAAGCUGUUUAUAGAUUCCCUCAAAAUGAAGCAGUUAUGAGUGUUGCUCUAGUACGUUUUUCAAGUUAUCCAGAUUCACAGUUUGUUCUUUUUGGGGUCGCAAAUGAACUUCAUUUGAAUCCAAGACAUGUUACAUGUGGAUAUAUAUACACUUAUAAGUAA